AUGGAGGCCAUGGCUUCGGGCCUGCCCACGAUCGCCACCGGCUGGGGCGGCAACACGGAGUUCAUGCACGCGGGCAACGCGGUGCUGUUGGGCUACCGGCUCGUGGGCGCGCCGCACGGCGCCGGGACGCACAGGUGGGCGGAGCCCGAGCGCCCAGCUCUGCGGCAGGCGAUGCAGGACGCGGUCACGCGCUCGGCCACCCUCCGAAGCCUCGCGGAGCACGCCUGCGAGGGUGGAACCGACGCCGUGCUCAGGCACGCUGUUGCGAAGCAGCAGCGGAUGUCCUCGAGUCGCGGCUUCACUUCUGCUCACGCGUAUGCGGGCGAGGCUUUGUGCCUGUCGCAGGUGCCCCCCGCGAUCUCUGUGGCCCCCGAUGCGCUCGAGAGUCCAGCUGGCUGGAGUGACGUUGCCAGCCUGCUCCAGCCGCUGGAGCAGGGGCUCCUGCCGUCGCUUCGCAAGCCGUCUCCGGACAUCUUUGAUCAUGGAGUUGCCGGCGUCUUCUCCGCAGUAUCCACAUCGAUGGCCGGCGGCAAGGGCGUAUCAUUUGGCCCAGCGGCCGCGGAGAACGAUGCCGAAGAGUGGCCAGCCGGAGGUCUCCGGCCUGACAGAAAGGGGCCGCGCGAGGCGCAGUCAAUCGGCGGCGACGGGGAGCACUUCCUGUGGCGCGUCGCGCAGCAGGCAGACGACCCCCCAUGCCCGUCCGACGGGCAGGCGCCGCGGGCCCCCGAGGAGGCCUUCGAGCUGGUAGGCGGCGGCGACGCCCGACCAGACAGCAUGGAGGCGGAGUUCGACGGCGUGGUCGUCUGCGACGGCUCGAAGUUGGGCAGCUCGCUGUGGGCCUAG